CGGCGGACCGCGGUGCCACGUCCCAGUGAGCGGGCGGGAGCCGGUCGCUGUCGGCGGAGUCGUGCGAGCCUCGUUACCGCCGCCAUGGUCUCGGUGAUCAACACGGUGGACACCUCGCACGAGGACAUGAUCCACGAUGCUCAGAUGGAUUAUUACGGCACUCGGCUAGCGACCUGUUCUUCAGACAGAUCCGUGAAAAUCUUCGACGUUCGGAACGGAGGGCAAAUCCUCAUAGCAGACCUCAGAGGGCAUGAAGGUCCAGUGUGGCAAGUUGCCUGGGCUCAUCCUAUGUACGGAAAUAUCCUGGCCUCCUGUUCCUACGACAGGAAGGUUAUUAUUUGGAAGGAAGAAAAUGGCACUUGGGAGAAGACAUAUGAAUACACGGGGCAUGAUUCCUCAGUGAACUCAGUCUGCUGGGCGCCGCACGACUACGGGCUCAUCCUGGCCUGUGGGAGCUCCGACGGGGCCAUCUCGCUGCUGAGCUACACGGGCGACGGGCAGUGGGAAGUCAAGAAGAUCGGCAAYGCGCACACGAUUGGGUGUAAUGCUGUUAGCUGGGCUCCUGCUGUUGUGCCAGGAAGUCUUAUAGAGCAGCCAUCUGGGCAAAAACCAAACUACAUCAAGCGAUUCGCAUCUGGGGGCUGUGAUAACCUUGUCAAGAUCUGGAAAGAAGAAGAUGGCCAGUGGAAAGAAGAGCAGAAGCUGGAGGCUCACAGUGACUGGGUACGGGAUGUAGCCUGGGCUCCAUCCAUCGGUUUGCCCACGAGUACCAUUGCGAGCUGCUCCCAGGACGGCCGCGUGUUUAUCUGGACAUGUGAUGAUGCCUCUGGAAAUUCAUGGUCGCCAAAGCUGCUGCACAAGUUCACUGAUGUUGUGUGGCACGUGAGCUGGUCCAUUACGGCAAACAUUCUUGCAGUGUCUGGAGGAGACAAUAAAGUCACGCUGUGGAAGGAGUCAGUGGACGGGCUGUGGGCCUGCAUCAGCGACGUGAACAAGGGCCAGGGAGGAGUGUCUGCCGCUGUGGAGGGGCAGCAGAACGAGCAGUGAUCGGGGCGCGCGGCCCUGCUGCAACAGCCAUCCUUACCCCUCGGGCAGCAUCCUGAACCAGAUGAGAACGGCUUUUAAUCCAAACUGGACAUGAAUAUUUGGAAAUAAACACUCAGUUUUGUGAUCGCUCUAUAUCAUUAAUGGGAGGCUACAGUGUGUUUAUGAACAGCCUUAAUUGACAUUCCCUUAAAUUAAAGGUGAGGAGCACAGCAAAGCCCUGUGUCUCACAUUCCUCUUUGAUCGUGUUAGAGCUGCAGGCUGCUCUCCAGGGCAGCGCUGAGCCUGGCUUGACGCUGCCCCUGGGCACAGGAGGGCCCUCGAGUGCUCCCACAAACCUGCGCCUGGCCCCAAAGCUGCCCUGCUGAGGGCUGAACCUCCCCCAAGGAGCCAGGGGCCCGGGUGAGUUUUCAGCAUCAACAUGAAGAGGAGCCUGUGUCCGGCCUCUGAUUUCCU